AGGUGAAUUGUAGUGGGAGACCAGACUCUGUUACCAGCUCAGCAGAACAUUUUGUUGCAUAAAUUCUUAUGCUGUUACAUGAGGGAAAUAUACUUUAUGAAUCUUUGCUGCCUGAUCAUGGAUAACGUAUCUUUUGUAAGAAUUUUCAUUCUGUCAGGGUUUAACGAGACAAUUCAUUACGGAGUCACUCUCUUUGCAUUCACUUCACUGUAUUACAGUUUGAUUUUAUUUUUCAAUAUCUCUCUUGUUAUGAUCAUUGUCUUAGAUGAAAACCUGCAUGAACCUAUGUAUGUUUUAUUGGUGAGCUUUUGCAUUAAUGGGCUUUAUGGCACCACAGGUUUCUACCCAAAAUUCCUCUUAGACCUGCUGUCGUCCUCUCAAGUAAUCUCAUAUGAAGGCUGCCUUAUACAGGCUUUUAUCAUGUACUCAUUUGCUUGCAGUGAUUUGUCCAUCUUAGCAGUUAUGGCCUACGACAGAUAUCUGGCUAUAUGUCGACCACUUCACUACCACUCUUUCAUGACUAAGAGGAGGCUCUCUCAGCUGGUGUGUUUCUCCUGGCUAACACCUUUAUGCAUUUUGUCCAUCAACAUCAUACUCACAUCUAAACUGAAACUAUGUGGAUCAAAAAUCCAGAAAUUAUUUUGUGUGAACUGGAUAAUUGUUAAACUUGCCUGUUCUGAAGCCGAUACCCUUUCAAACAGCAUAUUUGCAUAUAUUACAAUUGUCAUUUAUGUGUGUCACGGGUUUUUCAUCACUUGGACUUACAUGCAUCUAAUUAAAACAUGUGCAAGGUCCAAAGAUGACAGGGUAAAGUUCAUGCAGACGUGCGUGCCACAUUUAGUCUCUUUAACCACAUUCCUGACUGUAAUACUUAUAGAUGUGAUGUACAUGCGGUUUGGCUCUGCUGAUUUACCUCAAAGUCUUCAAAACUUCAUCGCUAUAGAAUUUCUCCUCAUCCCUCCAGUCAUGAAUCCGUUAAUCUACGGAUUUAAACUGACCAAAAUACGAAACCGAAUUCUAGGUUUAGUUGGUGUCAGAAGAAAAUGA